ACCUUCCCCCGGAUUUCACCUAUAAAGGCACUUACACCACUUUUGAAAGUCCCAUUUUCCUAGAACUGGGAUUUUUCCUUUGAGGUUUUCAGAGCUAGAAAAAGGCUUCUAUCUGUUUUCUUCCCCGAUUUUCUACUUUCCCUUGGUAUGAUGUCGUACUCCAGAAGGUCAAGGUAUUCUCGCUCGCCAUCCCCGAUCAAGCGAUACGGUCGGUCUAUCUCGAGGUCUUUGUCCAGAUCAAGGUCGAGAAGUCGAUCCAGGAGUCCAAUGAGUGAUGUUGAGAAUCCGGGUAACAAUUUGUACGUUACCGGGCUGUCGCCUCGGAUCACGAAGAGAGAACUCGAGAAGCACUUUUCAACAGAGGGGACGGUGGUGGAUGUGCAUCUUGUGGUUGAUCCCUGGACAAGAGAAUCUCGUGGGUUUGGGUUUGUAACAAUGUCGAAACUUGAAGAGGCUGAUCGCUGUAUCAAGUACUUGAACCGUUCUGUACUUGAAGGCCGUGUUAUUACGGUGGAGAAGGCUAGGAGAAGAAGAGGGCGUACUCCAACUCCAGGACGGUAUCUUGGCCUCAGAACAAUACACGUAAGGAGAGGAACUCCAAGCCACUCUCCUCGUCGUUCUCCUAGCUAUUCUCCUUACCGAGGGAGUCUGAGCCGCUCACCUGGAUCAUCAUCUGACAGAAGUAGAAGCAUAUCAUACUCUCCCGAUUACCGACGCAGAAGAUCACACAGGCGCAGGUCAUACUCACCAUAUGAUAGCCGACGCCGAUCCUAUUCUCGGUCAAGGUCUCCUUAUAGCAGGUCACCAGUGCGCCACCGUGACCGGGCCUACUCGCCAUGUGAUUCAAGGGACUACUCACCAGAUGGCCGUUAUUACGGAAGCAGGUAUCGCUGGAGGGACUACUCACCAGAUGACCGUUAUUAUGUAAGAAGAUAUCGCUCCAGGGACUACUCACCAGAUGACCACUACUAUGAACGAAGGCACCGGUACUGUUCUGUAUCCCCUAGUGUUUCACCCAGGGUGAGGGGAAGCUCGAGAAGGAGCUACUCACGUAGUCCCUCACCUAGACCUAAGAUUUCCAGGAGGAGCUACUCCCGAAGUGUUUCACCAGAUAGGCGGAGUGUUUCUCGAAGCAUUUCUCCUAGCCGGAGUAGCUUAAAGUCUGGGAAACGUAGCUACUCUAGGAGCAGGAGCCGGAGCCGGAGUGUCAGCGCAACUUCAAGGUCAGAUACUCCGUCUUGAGGGUUGAAUGAGAACUUGGUUUUUCAUCUUAGAAGCUGAAGUUUGUCGUUGCUCUUUUCUGUGCAGUUACCUUCCUAUUAUUAAUAGCUUAGUGUGUUCGUGUGGAGUCGAUGUUACUUUUGGAUGAUUUGAUAUUAGUUACAAUAUUGGCAUGUAUUGAUUUCUUUUCCUAUUAGCGUGUGUAAAUGGUGAUUAUUAUGCUAAUGGUUUACGUCGUUGAUAAUUAAUUAGAAUAAUACGAGUUCCUGGGGUUAAGACUCCAUUGGGAUUUUUUCGUUUUU